GGAAUUUCAGCCAGUGCUCAGAGCUGUUGAGACACACAGAGAUGCAUAGCAGGAAGAACCUGUAUGUCUGCAGAGAUUGUGGCAAGAGGUUCAACAAGAAGUCCCACAUGACCCUGCACCACCGCACCCACACAGGGGAGAAGCCAUUUGCCUGUACUGACUGUGGGAAGAGUUUCACCCAGAAAUACAAUCUCAUCAUGCAUCGCCACACCCAACUCUGUGAAAAGUGCAGCGAAUGCUUCACCCAGAAGGCCCACCUCACCAAACACUGCCGAAAACAAAAUGGGGAGAGACCCUAU